CUUCUUCCCGUGUUGCCACCUUCUUUGUCUACGGCCCAAUAUUUCGACACCGGGAGGGGAUUGUCUGUUUAGUCUUUCUCUAGUUUUGCGGAUAUAUUUCCCGAUAUAUCCCCAAUUUUCUAACAUUUAAUGACAGUCGACUCUGACCUAUUUAUGCCUAAAAGUAAAGCACCAAAAAUGGAUGACCUGGACUACAUUCCUGUAGACCUGAGCCCAGAGGAGCGCUCUGAGCUGGAGGACAUCCGCAGGAGGAAGAGUAUCCUAUUGCAGGAGAUCCAGAGGCUCAGGGAGGAGUUACGAGAGGCUAUUUUAGAGGUAGAGGGACUGGAGACCAGUACAGAGGGCAGUAAAACUCUGCAGAAAAGUAGACAUGUGGCUAUGGGACGGAAGAAGUUCAACAUGGACCCAAAAAAGGGUAUCUUGUUCCUGGUGGAGAACGAGCUGCUCAGAUACACACCAGAGGACAUCGCUCAGUUCUUGUACAAAGGAGAAGGCCUCAAUAAGACGGCAAUAGGAGAUUAUCUGGGGGAAAGAGACGACUUCAACAUCAAAGUGCUUCAAGCGUUUGUUGACCUCCAUGAGUUCACUGACCUUAACCUUGUGCAGGCCCUCAGACAGUUCCUGUGGAGUUUCCGUUUGCCAGGCGAGGCACAAAAGAUUGACAGAAUGAUGGAGGCUUUUGCUCAGAGAUACUGCCACUGCAACCCUGGUGUCUUCCAAAGCACAGACACAUGUUACGUGCUUUCAUUUGCUAUAAUUAUGCUGAACACGAGCCUGCAUAACCCGAAUGUGAGGGACAAACCUGGACUGGACCGUUUCAUCUCAAUGAACCGUGGAAUCAACGAUGGCGGAGACCUGCCGGAGGAGCUGCUCAGGAAUCUCUAUGAAAGCAUUAAAAAUGAACCGUUCAAGAUCCCGGAGGAUGAUGGCAACGACCUGACACACACGUUCUUCAACCCAGACAGAGAGGGCUGGCUUCUUAAACUUGGAGGAAGAGUGAAAACCUGGAAGCGUCGAUGGUUCAUCCUCACAGACAACUGUCUUUAUUACUUUGAAUACACCACAGAUAAGGAGCCACGAGGAAUCAUUCCCUUGGAAAAUCUUAGCAUCCGUGAAGUAGAGGACCCAAGGAAGCCUAACUGCUUUGAGCUUUACAUCCCCAACAACCGCGGCCAGCUGAUCAAGGCGUGUAAGACGGAGGCCGACGGGAGAGUGGUGGAAGGAAACCACAUGGUCUACCGCAUCUCUGCGCCCACACCAGAGGAGAAGGACGAGUGGAUCCACAGCAUCAAAUCUGCGGUUAGUGUGGAUCCCUUUUAUGAAAUGCUCGCAGCCAGGAAGAAGCGCAUAUCACUGAAGAAGAAAGAGGAGCAGCCCUAGAUUGCUUCUAUGUUCCUCUCCUUCCCACGUCAUCUCUGCUGCUCGCACUUCUCUUUAACCUUUCUUCCUCCUACUUCUUCUUCCUGAAAAUGCCUCCUCUUCCAUUUCCGACGUCUCCUUGCUGUCCUGUCCCCCAGACUCUUUGAAAAAGCUGCAACCAGAGUGAAGAGCUUAUCUGCUGAGGCUGCCGUUCGUUCACACUACUGCUGUUACACUCAACUUGACACGACACACCCAGAGCACAAACAAACUCCUUGCUGUCUUCUCACCAUCACUCUCACUUGAACGGGCUGGAAAGCAUCUUUAAAGCUGUGUUCACACCACAAAUUAUUGUUUAUUUGCAAACUGGUCAGGCUGUUUUGGAAUUUUAUUACCAUCAGAUCACUUGAAGGGUUUAUAAUUAAUAUUUUUUUAAUCAUUUAGGUUUUCGUUAUUUUUUUUUUGAGAAAACUUUCACACAGGUGCAGAUAUAUAAAGGUUUUUUUUUUUUUUUUAAGGGUUUAUUUGUACGCUUUCGAGUUGGCCUGUUAGGCUUCUUUAGUUUACUUUCAAAAUACUUUCUGGGGAGUUGGUGAAGGUUUCAAUAAGUCACAAACAUUUUCCUACAUUGGUGUGAACACAGUUUUAUUCAAAGUUUUUAAGCAGCUGCAGCUUCAUGAAAUCCUCUUUUAUUUUUAGCGAUGCCACCUUAGUGAGAUAUUCCCUUUCUUGAUUGUGCAUAGCCAAGACAAAAUGUGAAGUACUAAUAAUAGGGUUUUAUUUUGAUAGAGCUGUGAAAUGGCAUACUAAUUUAAUACUUCAAAUGACAGUGAAUUCACAUUCAAACUUAACUACUCAAUUACUAAAAGGUAAAUAUCAUUAAUUGUGGAAAACACUACAUACUGUAUGAACUUUAGCAUGUUUCUCAACAUGUUUGAGCAAUAGUAGAGUAUUGUUGCCUGAAGGCUUGUUAAAUCUUUAGAGCUGUUCUCAUCGUGUCCAUUCAGAAGUAACAUAACAGCAUGCCACACUCAUUCUCUUCUUUUGCUCAACACUACAAGAUGAACAUCUGUUUUAAUUAACUCCACCAAGAUGGGUUUUGUGAAGUCGUUAAGGCAGCUCUUUUCAUUGUACACUUUUUGUAAAUAGACGUUGCAGAACACAUAUUUGAUUUAAUUUAUUCUUUUUGUUCAAAUCAAGAUUUUUUUUAUUUUGUUUUUGUACGAGCUACUGUUUUACUGCAUGUUGAUGAACGGAAGGAUCAGUCGUAGGUACAGAUGCAUGGGUGGCCAUGUUAGUGCACUGAUUUGGAAAAUGUUAGUGUUUCCUGGUGACCUGGAAAAAUAGCAUUUAAUACUGAAGUUGGUUUAUGCCUCAAGUGAAUGAUCCUGCUUGUUACCUUUUAGAAAAUAUGAGGUUUUAUAUGUUUGACUUUUUAUUUUUUCUUGAGGGAAUAAACUCUAAAGCACAAGCAGAGAUGGGUUCUCACACUCUGCUGCCCAGUGUCAACCUUAAAGAGCAUAUAUCAUCAUUUUAACAAAACUUCCUUUUUCGUAUGUGUUCAGGCUUGUAGCUCAUAUAAAUUGUGAUGAUUGACAUUUUGAAAUUUGUCAAAACUAAAUAAAUAAAAUAAAAACUGUAAAUUACAUUUAAGGGGGCAAACUCGGGCAUCAAGACAUAAGUAGUGAUUGCAAAGUCUUCCAUUUAAUUUUAAGUUUCCAAAGUGAAGAUUUAUGUGGUGUUUUAUUCAGAGAAGUUGUGGAAAUUGGGAGGAAUGUUGAGGGAAGUAGCUUAAAGACCUAACAAACCAGGACCCCACAGAGACAUUUAAUGGUGCUCUGUGGCAAGUCCAUUCUGUGUAAUUAUAUUGAGAAAUGACCUCCUGUGACAAAAACUGUAAUACAUGACAAACAUUUUGACAACUAUCAGAAACAUGCUGUAAUUUCUGCCCUAGUGUCUCAACAAAAUAGCCUACUUCAAAUCUGUGAGCCAUGCAAUGGAUGUGCAGAGCUCACUUUUUCAAACAUAAGUCUACAUUUUACUCAUAAUAAUUUAUUGUCACUACAGUUAUGUGGUUAUCAAAAUAUCAGUCUGACGAGACCAUCUGUCAAACUCCAUAUGUCUGUCUGCAGUUGGUUUCUACCACCCACCCCCCCCCCCCCCAUCUUAUUUUGCCGUGAAAAGUAACUCCCAGCUAAUAAAAUGACAUAUGGUCACACUAACACUACAGCCAAAUGCACUAUUUUAAUUCGACUCAGACGACAAAACAAAUAACUAGCUUCACAGAGGAAGCUAGUUAUUUUAGGUAUUUUUAAACAUGCAGGAGGACUGAUUGAAGAUGGGGGUUAUUGAUUUAAACCCAACUGUGGACAUAAACAGAUGUUUUGCACCAACAGAGGAAACCACAGUUUCUUACGCGAAACUUUGUGCUCACAAACAGAUCCCGGUGUGGCUGUUAACUCCCUGCUCAAGCUAUCCAUCCUAGCCAUGCCAUGAACUGUGUUGUGUCCUCGGGUUGUUUCUUUCCUUUAAUGCAAGAUAUGUUUGGACUUUUUCCAUCCUAUUGUGUUGCCAGGAAGUGGCCACAUUAUCUACAAGGAAUACGUUUUUUAAUUGACAAAGCAGUUCAUGUGUUGAGUUCAACAGUGGUCCAUUUGACACGGCGUAUCUAGUUGACACGUUAUAAUUCAUGUAUGGUUCUUACUUCCUGUUUGUUUUUUUUAAGAAAGUCUACAAAGACUUUUAUUUUUGCUGUCAAAAAAUUUAUUUAAAAAAUAGUUCUUUGCUUUAAAAUCAAUAUUUGUUUAAUUCUUUAAAUAUUUAUGUUGUAUGUAUCUAAAAUAAGAUGUUAUAUGCUCUUUAAAGUCUGGGGGAGCUGUUUAUGAGCUGAAAUUUUAAUGUUAUGUUAGUAAUAAAGAGACAGCUAAAUGAAAAACACUAAUAAUAAUAAAUAUUUAAUUCAUUUAUAACGGAGAUCACAUUAAGAAAAACAAGUUUAGAUUUGUCUCCAGUCAUGAAUUUGCUUGACAUCCAGGUCAUUAACUACUUAUUUGAUAUAUUUGUAUUUUUGAUUCUGGGGGGAAAUAAAACUAUUGUAUGCAGCACUUUAUCAAGUUGAGCAUUUUGGGGGGGAAAAAAUGCUGUUACUCUGACUUACUCUAAUACAAUAUGGCGCCCUCUGCUGGUAAUCGCACACACUGCAAUAUGCUGAAAUAUACAACAUGUGGCCAGCAGAAACAGUUUCUCACCAACUGGUAAUGGAAACUUAUCCUAAUGAGAUGUUGUCACUCUUAUCUACACCUCGUUUAAAAGUGAUGGGCAGACAAAACUAAUGUUGAAAUGAAGCACCAAGUCCUAAUUUUCUGGCUUCAUUUCCAUCUUUUUGUACAUCACCAUUGACUUGGUAAUUGUUCUCUUCAUUUUUUGUUUCAGUUUAAAGUUGCUAAAAAAUGUAAACUGUUUCCAAGUAAAAGCAAGAAUGAAUACUGUAAUGACCUUGGUGAAAGAGACCCUUCUCUGCGGAGCCACUACAUUUAGAAAAUGUUUAUUUUGUAUUUAUUUAUUUUUGUUUACAUUGAGGUAAAGAUGGAUGCAUCAUCUGUACAUGUAGCAAAAGGAAAACCACGGUACAUUGGUGCCAGUAAAAUACUGUGUAACAAUAAAAGGUAAACAGGA